AAAAGAUUUGCUCCGCCGGUCGGAGAUAGAGAGAUCUUCAUCAUCGUCACUCUCAGAAAGAAGCUCAGAGUAAGAGGGGUUUAUUCUUCUUCGCUAAUUUACUGGGUCUAAUGGCAAAGCUAAGGCCGAGACAGUUGGAACCGAGCAAGAGUGUUCCUUUCAAGUUGGGUUUUGAUGGGGAGGAAGACGGUUGGCUCUUUGUUAAAAAGCAGAGAAUCAUCAUUGUGUUGCCUUCUCUUCCGACACCUGAAGAUUUCACUUUGGAGAAACCUGCAAUAACUUCUCAAUUAGAAGCUGAGUUAAGUGACGGCCUUGCGGAUGUCCAAGAAAGUACUUGUGUUCAAACUGUGGCGCCUUCUCUUCCUCUGCCUGAUCAUUUCAUUUUUCACAAGCCUGAAACUUCGCUGCCACAAGCUGAGUUAAGAGACGUUAUUGCAGAUACGCACGAAUCUACUCCUGUUCACAGUCUGGUACCUACUAUUCCUCUACCUGAACAAUUCAUUCUGCAGAAGCCUGAAGCUUCUCAGUCACAAGUUGAGUUAAGAGACAGUGUUGCACAGACCCACGAAAUUACUCCUAUUCACACAGUGGUUCCUUCUCUUCCGGUAACUGAUCAUUUCACGUUACAGAAGCCUGCAAAUUCUCUGUCACAAGUUGACAAAGAAGAUGUUAUUGUGGAUACGCACAGAACUACUACGCCUCUUCACGCAGUGAUGUCUUCUCUUCCAUUACCGGAACAUAUCGUUUUGCAGAAACCUGCAACUUCUCAAUCACAAGCGGAGACAUUCAAAACUUCUCUUGUUCACACAAUGCUGCCUUCCCUUCCUGUAAUGGACCAUUGCACUUUGCAGAAGCCUGCAACUUCUAAAACACAAGCUGAGUUAAAACCGAAGACAUGCAAAGUUACUCCCGUUCACACAAUGAUGCCUUCUCUUCCUGUACCUGAACUGUACACUCUACAGCAGCCUGCAACUUCUCAGUUACAAUCUGAGUUAAGAGCAGAGGUGCACAAAGCUACUCUUGUUCACACAGUGGUUCCAUCUCUUCCUGUAAUUAAACAUUGCACUUUGCAGACGCCUGCAGCUUCGCAGCCACAAACUGAGCUGAGAUACCUGGUUACAGAUACUCACGAAACUACUAAUGCUCACGCCGUGGAACCUGAGGCCUGUCCUGAUUUCACGCCAGUAGACAAACCAGAGAAAGUUAUGGGUCGCAAUCUCACAACCAGGAAAGCUCCAGCGCCGAGGAGAUCACUGCAAGAUAGUAGAAUGAAUCCGGAUAGAAGAAUGGAGAUUCACAGGAGCCGUGCGGGACACAAGCCUAUAAGGUUUCCUAGAGUGAUGUGCAGCUCAGUUGUAAUGGAUAAUGAGAAGCUGAGAGUGUUGAAUCUGGAGAAGAAGGUUGAGAAAGCGGGCGGAAUGAACGCAUGGGUUGGAUCUAUAGGACUGGGAAGAGAGUUUGAAAGGAUGUUGAAAGGACAGAGGAUGAAUAAGUUUCAAAUGGCGAAUUUGACAAUGGAGAAGCUAAAGCAGAUGGGUGCUUUAGCCGUUGGGCCAAGGAGAAAGCUUAUACAUGCAAUACGUUGUGUCUAUCACCCACAUUGUCUCCGUGCUUCCGUGAACUGAGAACGAUCUAUUGAAGUAUAGGCAUUACUUGGGGCCAAUAAAACUUAGAUACGUUGAUUAUGUUCAGUUAAUAUCUGUUUGGUAACUGAUAAGUCAUUUUGGACCCAUAGACCAGAGCAAGGUCAAAUUAGUCUCUUAUCUUUUGUUGAAGGGUAGGACUCGAGAAACGAGAAUCAUGGUUCUGAACCUGAUCACGAUCUCCGUAAAGCUUUCUAAGGUCUACCGGCAAAAGUUACUUAGACCAGGUUGAUGAUGUUCAAUUCAAAGAGAGAUAGGUGGUUUCUUAUUUUUAGGCCGUUGCUUAGACAUUAGGUGGUAAAACACUCAAAGCAGGUUAUUCGGUGGUUUCGGACAUUUUGUAAAAUUGAUUGGUGUGUAAACUUUUUGUUUGAAUCCAGUUAAAGCUUAGACGUAA